UAAAAAUUUCGUAUGUGAAAAGAGGAAAACUAAAACUAAGCAGUUAUAUAGAAGGAACAAGCGCCAUCGAACCUUUAAAGCAAAAACAUUCUUUAUCCCUACCUGUAAAUAACAUGAUGUCUGGACUUUCUCUGCUGUUGGGUGUUAUGUCCAUUGUCCUACCUAUGGUGCUGCAGAUAUAUGCCCAGUCAACCCCUCAGGGAAUCCAGGACUUUUCCUUUGAUCUCCUGCAGCGCAUUUCUGUAGAAGUUGAGAAGGCGAACAGGAACUUCAUGAUAUCGCCCUUCUCCGUGUGGUCACUACUUGUGCUACUCUACGAGGGAUCGGCGGGUAGAACUUAUGACCAGCUUCGCCAGACCCUUGGGAUCAACUUUUCCGAUGAGAAACUACGUAAAUUCUGUAAGGUGGUGCAUCAGUUUUUGAACACCAACAUUUCCGAUGUCGAGAUGGCCAUGCUGCAGGCCAUUUACACCGGCAAGGAUUAUCCCAUCCAGAACAACUACCGAAAUGUCAUCCAGAACUACAACAUGGAGCUUUUGGAAGUCGAUUUCAAUAGCCCGGAUGCGGUGGUGCAGAUCAAUGAGGCUACAAAUCGUGUCACCCGAGGUCUCAUUCCGUAUGCCAUUCUUCCAGAGGAUAUAUAUGGAGCCAAGAUGUUCCUGCUCUCCUCGCUCUACUUCAAGGGCCAGUGGAAGUUUCCAUUUAACAAGGUUCUAACUAGAGAGGAGCCAUUUUACAGCGAGAGCGGCGAGAUUAGCGGCAGAAUACCCAUGAUGGUGCAGGUAGCGAACUUUGCCUAUGUCUCCGACAUAGAGGGUCUGGAUGGCUAUGUCCUGGAGCUUCCCUAUGGAACACAGGACAGGCUGGCGAUGCUCGUGUUUCUGCCCAAAAGCGGAGUCAAGUUAAAUAAUGUGGCCAACAAUCUGAAGACCCUGGGACUGCGGCCUAUCCUUCAGCGGCUGGCGGCUUUCAGAAGUAGGGACUCAAAGGACAACGAAGUGGAGGUUAUUAUGCCCAAGUUCAUGAUUUCCACUGACUUCGCACUCACGGAUAUCCUUAUCCAGAUGGGCAUUCGGGAUCUAUUCGAUGAGAGGGCCGCUAACCUGGACCGGAUGUCGUCCGGAUUGUUUGCCAAGCUAGUCGUCCACUCCACCAAGAUCAUUGUGGACGAGCAGGGAACCACGGCAGGUGCUGUCACGGAGGCUUCGCUGAUCAACAAGGCCACGCCACCCAAGUUCCAGCUGAACAGACCAUUCCAGUACUUGAUCGUAGAGAGGGGAUCCGGCCUGAUGCUCUUCGCCGGCCAAGUUCGAAACCCCAAGGCAGCUUAAUGAUCUGAACAUGACUUUAGUGAACAUAAAACAUAAGUUUAUUUCUUAUUGCGUUUUGUGUUUUUUGAGAGUCCUUGUAUAUAUAUUUUCCUUU